AUGCCUGUGACUAUCAAAGCAAAUGUUAAGGAAAACAUAAUCCAUACAAAACUACUCAAUCAAGAUGAUUUCGCAAUAUUUGGCACUGUGAUUCAAAAUCCUGCACCAGAGGUAAUUCCAUCGUCAACAAUCAAAACUCUACCACCAAACUCGGUACAAGCCAAUCAAGGUACCGCACUCAAGUACUUGGAUGUAACGCAUAUGAAAGAUUACUAUGGGACUGCUCCUAGUCAACGGGUCGCAAAUGCAGUCAUGAACAUGUUUGUAUGCUCAUCUCGUUCGCUUCUCCCGUCUCACGAUAGCAAUAUCAAGGGUUUAUUCCCCGUCACCAUACUGGAAAGACAUCCUUUCACAACUCAAACAUUCAUACCUCUCGGGAUAUCACCCUCGGAGCAAGAUGAUGUAUGUUACUUGGUUGUCGUAGCACCGAGUUUAACGCCGUCAUUGAUUGAUGAAACAUUACCCGUCCCCAUUCUCUCUCCUCAGUCGAAUACGAGCGAUGACAAUGGCGAAAAACUUCCUGGUCGCGGUUUGCCGGACAUGAAUAGAAUUCAGGCCUUCCUAGCGAAUGGUUCACAGGCGGUCACUUAUGGGGCGGGGACCUGGCAUGCUCCGAUGGUAGUCGUGGGGAAGAAGCCCAUUGAUUUCGUCGUGGUGCAAUUUGCCAACGGGGUAGGAAUUGAGGACUGUCAAGAGGUAGAGCUGGAGAAGACGGAUAAGGAUAUUUGCGUGGCCGUCCCACACUUGUCAAGGAAUGCUACGUGGAAAUUAUGA